AUGCGAGCUCCGAUCUCCGGAUUGCUAUCUAGAUCCAUCGGUUUCCUCCACCGCGGUCGUCCUCUAUGCGCCGUCGCCGCUUCACCCGAAGCUAGGACGAAGAAGCUCGAGCGAAUCGCCGACGACUUGCUCAGUCUCAACAGGAUCGAGCUCUACGACUACUCGAUCCUCUUCAGCCACAAACUCGGCCUCAACCGCUACGGUUCCGCCGUGUCUUCUCCCGCCGGAGAUCUCCCCGCCGAUGCAUCCGCCUCCGCCGAAACCAAAACCGCCGAGAAAACGGCUUUCGAUGUGAAGCUGGAGAAGUUCGAAUCCGCUUCGAAGAUUAAAGUCAUCAAGGAGAUCAGAGCGUUCACGGAGCUGGGAUUGAAAGAAGCGAAGGAGCUCGUUGAGAAAGCUCCGAUCGUUGUGAAGACAGGUGUCACUAAAGAAGAAGCUGAGAAGAUGAUGGAGAAACUCAAAGCCGUUGGUGCUACUGUUGCUUUGGAAUGAAUUAGAGUGAUUAUUUAAGUAACUCUUAUGAUAAGUUCAGAAUCAAACAAUAUGAAAGUGUGUUUUUACAAUAUUGCUCUGAGUUUUACUUUUGCUUGCUUGA